UGCUCCUCCAGUGUGUGGGAUAGGCUGCCCGUGACUUCCAGCCCUGGCCCCGGUUCACACUCUGCGCUGAGGAUGCGGGCGCUGUAGGGCAGUGACUGGCAUUCCCCGCUGCCCACAGCUCUGGCACCGGCUGCACAUGGGAGGAUUGCUUCUCUUUCCGCUCGGGACAUGAGGCGCAGCGGCUGCGGGGAGAGCAGCGGCGGCCCCGGGGAGAGCAGCGCACGGGCAGCCGCUCCAGUGUGAACGCGCGCCAGGCGAUGACAGCUCCGGAGGCGCACUGCAGCCUGCAAAUAAUCAUGUUGGGACGGCUCUGGUCACCGGCGAUCUACUUCUGUAUUACACUUGGCCAAGGGUGGACAGAGGAAGUGAAUCAGACAGCAUCAUCAUAUUCCACACUACCAAAUACUACAGAAACACCUUUGACUGACACUUCCUCGCUCCUGACAUCCGUCCUGGUGCCUUUGCUUGUUUGCUUUCUGCUCAUUUUGCUGGCUGGCUACCUUCUAAGGUCCAGAAAGAGUCGUAAGGCGGACGUGAACUCCGGUGACAAGAAGGUCCCAAAUGGAAUCUUGGAAGAACAAGAGCAGCAACGGGUGAUGUUACUGAGCAGCACGCCCACUGUGGUCAAGAAAUACUUCCCGAUUCCAGUGGAGCAUUUAGAAGAAGAGGUCCGGAUACGAUCAGCAGAUGAUGGGAAGCUCUUUCGAGAGGAGUACAACUCGCUACAAUCUGGGAAUUUCCAAGGAACAUUUGAAGUGGCCAACAAGGAAGAGAACAAGGAAUCCAACCGAUAUCCCAAUAUCCUGCCCUAUGACCACUCCAGAGUCGUGCUGACAGCAGUUGAUGGAUCCUUAUGUUCAGACUACAUUAACGCCUCAUACAUAGAUGGCUAUAAAGAGAAGAAGAAGUUUAUAGCGGCGCAAGGCCCCAAGCCAGAGACCGUGAACGACUUCUGGAGGAUGAUCUGGGAGCAGAAGUCUGCCACCAUAGUCAUGCUCACCAACCUGAAGGAAAGGAAAGAGGACAAAUGUUACCAGUACUGGCCCGACCAAGGCUGCUGGAUUUAUGGGAAUAUCAGAGUUUCAGUAGAAGACGUCAUUGUUCUGGUGGACUACACCAUCCGAAAGUUCUGCAUACAACCUGUUCAUGAUGGCUGCAAGGCCCCCAGGCUGGUAACGCAGUUACAUUUUACCAGCUGGCCCGACUUUGGAGUGCCCUUCACACCCAUUGGCAUGCUAAAAUUCCUCAAGAAAGUCAAAUCCGUCAAUCCAGCACAUGCUGGACCCAUCGUUGUUCACUGCAGCGCCGGAGUUGGCCGGACAGGCACGUUCAUGGUCAUAGACGCUAUUAUAGACAUGAUGAACGAAGAAAAGAAGGUCGACGUUUUCGAUUUUGUUUUGAAAAUCCGUGGUCAACGCCCCCAAAUGGUUCAAACUGAUAUGCAGUAUUCAUUCAUUUACCAAGCCUUACUAGAGUACUACCUCUACGGUGACACAGAACUUGAUGUGGCCUCAUUAGAAAAGCACCUUCAGACAUUGUACAGUCCGGCACCGCCCUUCGAGAAAGUUGGUCUAGAACAGGAGUUUAAAAAACUAACAAAUGUUCGAAUAAUGAAAGAAAACAUGAGGACGGGGAACCUGCCGGCCAACAUGAAGAAGGCCAGAGUCAUCCAGAUUAUCCCAUAUGACUUCAACCGAGUGAUUCUGUCAAUGAAGAGAGGGGAAGAAUACACAGACUAUAUCAACGCUUCCUUUAUUGAUGGCUAUCGACAGAAAGACUAUUUUAUCGCAACUCAAGGUCCUCUGCCGCAUACGGUGGAGGAUUUCUGGCGGAUGGUGUGGGAGUGGAAGUGUCACACAAUUGUGAUUCUCACAGAACUGCAGGAAAGGGAGCAGGAAAAAUGCUGCCAGUACUGGCCGUCCGAGGGCUCUGUGACCCAUGGAGAAAUAACUAUAGAGAUGAAGAGUGACCGUUUACUAGACGCCAUCAGUGUCAGAGACUUCUUAGUUACAAGCAAUCAGGAGAAGCAGGCACGGCUGGUUCGACAGUUCCAUUUUCAUGGCUGGCCUGAGAUAGGAAUUCCCGCAGAAGGGAAAGGGAUGAUCGAUCUUAUUGCAGCCGUCCAAAAACAGCAGCAACAGACGGGCAACCACCCAAUCAUUGUACAUUGCAGCGCUGGAGCCGGCAGAACAGGGACAUUCAUUGCCCUCAGCAAUAUCCUGGAGCGAGUGAAAGCCGAAGGACUACUUGAUGUUUUUCAGACUGUGAAAAGUUUACGAAUGCAACGGCCGCACAUGGUGCAGACACUGGAACAGUAUGAAUUCUGCUACAAAGUGGUACAAGACUUUAUUGACAUAUUUUCUGAUUACGCCAAUUUCAAGUGAAGGACUUGAGCGCGGUUUAUACAAAGGACUAAUUCAUAUGAUAUAUUUUAUUGUUAAUUUAUCUCGUUUCUGGUUCUCUGCUUUUUUGUAUUCUUCUCUGCUACCAAAUAACAAACGCUCUCUGCUUCUGGUUUAACAUCCGGUAUGGUAUGACUUAUUACAGAUUCCAAUACCAUAAAAAAAACUAAAAAAUAUAAAAAAUACCUUCCUGAUGUGAAGAAGAUAGCGGAUGGAUGUAAAGUAAUGUAUAUAUUUAUUUAUUUACUACACGGCAUGUAUAUUAUGGAAGCAAACAUUUUCCUAUACGCCAGGUUAUUUUUAUUUUUAAUGGCAUAAAUAAGAAAAUGUGACGGGGGAGCGUCCGUCUAGUCUGUACAGUGUCUGAAUUUCAUGCUGCAAUGUAAGCAUUCCUCUGGUAAAUCUCCUUCAUCAAAGGUAGUUUCAGCUUCAUUCGCCCCACUGAAGUCACUUUUCAAUAAUAUAUCAUUUUAUAUAUAGCAAUUUCCUUACGUGAUUAUAUGCCCCAUAUGCAGCAUUACCAGUGGACCAAACAUGAAUAUGGCUCCAACAGCUCCCAUGCUGAACGUGAGGUUGGGGGCAUUCUCAAACCAUUCCUUGGCAUCAAAAGGGCAUGUCCCACCCCCGUCUGGGGCUAAAAGGGAGCAUUUUCAGUAAUAACAUUGGAUUAGGACAUUGUACGGCCAAGCAGUUUCUUUGUAUUUUAUUUAAGGUGGCUAUAAAGGUAGAAUGUUACUUUAAGAAAAAUCACUUUAUAUAAUAUUUUAUAGAAUAAAAGAAUGUUUGUGUACUUUUAUAAUGUAUGUGCAGGACAUAUGCUUACAUCCCAUAUUUACAGAGCUAGAGGUUGGAUCUAUGUGUUGGAUGGCAACAUUUUAUAUACAUUGUAUAGGUUCCAAAUGGAGCCUGAUUGACAGAAAGCCAUAUAUGUGAUCUAAUCAUAUAAUAAAUGUCAUAUUAAACCUGUCCUAGAAGUCAGAUCAGGGGAGCUGAGCUGCAGUGCGUCGGUAGACGGAGCUUUUCAUCCGGUGGCUGCCCAAAACAGUUGGUUGGCGGGUUGAGCUAUCCUGAUAAAUUGUUACACUGUGUUACGCCAAUGAGGAUUGUCUCUUUGCUGUUGUAUCAAUCCAUAUGUCAUGCUUCUCCCAGUCUAAGGGCCCAUUCACACGACCUUAUGUAUUUCGCGCCCCGCAAAAAAUAUGGAUGAUGUCCUUGUGAAAUCUGCGUUGCAUCCGUUAGUUUUUUUGUGGACCCAUUGUAACAAUGCCUAUGC